AUGCAGUUGUCAAAUUUGGCCAACCGCCUGAGUCGAUGGCAAUGGGUGGGCCUUGCCAGCAUCUUCGUCAUUGCCUUCAUCACCGUCAUUCAAUAUCCAACAUCGCCACACAUUAGAGAUCCCGUCGCGGUAUCAAAUGAUGCCGGGGAGAGUGCGGACGAAGCCGCAUCUCCGUUAUUCCCAGCUACGACACCGGUAGCUUCCCCAGUGGCCUCUCCGGUGGCCUCUCCGGUGGCUACCCCAGCAGUGCCCGAGACGGUGUCCAAAUUUCACUUGUUGGCCCCGGCCAGCGGCUUCCACUUUCGACUAUGUCGCUUACUGGCCUCGGCCAUGGCCCUGGGAUAUCCAGUGCCCACCUUGAAUGGCUGGAUGAAAGAAGGGGAACUGGAUGCCUCUAAAACCCAUCUGGCCAAAGUGCGCACGGUCAUGCAGUAUUUGAAUACGCUCCCAGCGUCAUCCGACGAUGAUCUGGUGUUAAUGGUCGAUGGAUAUGAUGUGGUUUUUCAGAUCCCGGCCGACGUGCUCAUCGAGCGCUAUUUUGCCAUCACCAAAGCGGCGAAUGAACGGCUUGCGAUGCGGUUCAAAGGCAAAUUCGACAAGGAGGAAGAUAUGCCUCGACUGAGCAUCCUCUUCGGCCCUGAAAAGGCCUGCUACCCACCCGAAAAGAACCGGGUGGGAUGCUGGGCCAUCCCCCAGAAGCUUGACAUUCCUCUCGGCGCCUACGGACCCUUGGACGGACACUACGAGCACAACGUCCCCAUUUGGUUGAACUCCGGCACCAUCAUGGGUCCCGCCAAGGACAUGCGCGCCAUGUUCGCAGCCACGUUGGAUCUGAUUGCCAAGCGGUACGAUGUAAACGACGACUGGAGCGAUUCGGAUCAGCUGUACAUGAGCGAGGUGUGGGGCAUACAAGAAUAUGCUCGCACAAUCGCGGAAUAUCAGGAAUACCUCCACGGCGACAUCGACCCCAACGUGAUCUUCCCAACCGAUUUUGUAAAGACUCUCCCAGAUAACAGCCCGGGACAACGGACCGAAUAUUCCAUCGGCGUGGACCACUGGUCGGAGCUUUUCCAGACACGCGCCGGAUCGGACCACGUCCUGGACAUGCUCACCUUCAACGAGCGGAUCGACGGGGACAAUACGACCACCUACGCAACCGUCCACAAAAACUCGGCCGGUCUUCCCAACUUCAGGCCUUUUCAGAUCGGACUCCCUGCCAACCUGGCCGCCUCCAUCACUCGGCUCCUCGACAUGAUCGAGCCCGUCGUCGGCAUCGUCCCUCGGGUCACGGAGGUCCGUCUCGAGACGAAUCUCGUCUCUAAAAAGAUCUAUGGCAUGUUCCACUCGACCGGUGGUAAGAGCUACCUCGAUAAGCUUUGGGAUCAGUCGUGGUUCUACCCCUACUUGCGACCCUUGAUCGAGACCAUGGUUCCCCGCGUUUCGGAGCAGCCGAUCGGCGUCAUCGAGGGCCGUACGUGGAUCUCUUCGCACCAGCUUGCUGUGAACUCGUCCGAGGCUCAGGGAGUCAAGGAUAUGGGAGCCUGGGCUGACCUAGACGGCGGAUGGCUCAGCUGGGACCAUUUAUGUGGGCAAUUUGACAAUGAGGUUUUCCACGGCUAUACACCACCCAUGGACGACUGA